AUGACCUCCACGCACUCUACCGACGCACCACCCCCGCCAGUCGACAACUCACUCGACGACAUCUUCGGCUCCUCACCGCCCCAAGAGGCCAGGGCGCCCGCCUUAUCCCAUCAGAUGGAUGCAGCAUCAUCCACCGAGCCCUCCGAUCUGCCCUCACUGCGCCGCCAGCAUGUAACCGCGGGGUACCGGGACGGCGUGUCGACCUCCAAGGGCGAACACGUCCAGCGCGGCUUCGAUGCCGGGUUCCCAGUGGGUGCGCAGCUAGGCAUGCGCGCGGGCACAGUGCUUGGGAUUCUAGAGGGCAUUGCACGCGGGCUUGAGGACCGCGGCGUCGUGAAGAAGCCUGCUGCGCGGGGCUCUGCGCGGACAGACGAGAGGAACGCAGAAGCUGAAGCAACACGCCGGCAGGUGCGGGAGCAAGUGCUCCGUCUCUAUCAAGAGGCGACUGCGGCGCUGGAUGUGCAGGCUGUGUUUACAGGGAUAGGGGCAGGGGUUGAUGCAGAGGCAGGGGAGCUGGCGGAGACGCAACUUGGGAAGAAGGGCGAUGUAGCGGUGGCGCGGUGGGAAGAGAGAGUUGCGGUGCCGCAAUGGGAGGAGAAUAUGGAAAAAUUGGAGAUGAAGGAGAGCCAGGUAUCGAAGGAGGGCGACAAGGGCGUCGAAGAGCGGAGUUGA